UGGUGACAUCAUUGGCUGGUCAUUGGGAAUGAAUCAUCGCCUUCAUCAGGGGGGGUCAGGGAUGCUGUCACUGUCUCUGCACCCUUAAAAUACACAGAGAAACCCACACGUACACAAACCCACCCAGCCCCCGACGUGUCUCUGUUCUCCGGGAUUACAAAGCCGCCAGGUGUUUGGAGCCAGCAUGGAGGAAAUCCUGCGAAAGCUGCAGAAAGACGCGUCCGGCCACAAGCACAAAGCUAUCCGCGAUGCCUGCGUCUACGCCCGCGAAACCCUGGAGUGUCAGAAUGGUUCAGCCAAGAUUUCCUCUUCACACCUUCGAGAGCGUUGUCUGCUGCCUCUACAGAUGGCUCUGGAGUCUAAAAACACCAAACUGGGACAGACGGCGCUGACCGGCAUGCAGAAGCUCCUGUGUGAGGACAGGUUUGUGGGUGGAGUCGGCGUGGAGGUGGAGGUCCUGGAGAAGCAGCUGCUCAGCCAGAUGUUGGAGGCCAUCAGAGUCACCCCGUCCCUGCAUGAAGACCUGCAGGUGGAGGUCAUGAAGGUGCUGCUGUGUAUCACCUACUCACCAAACUUUGACAUUAAUGGAGACUCCAUCCUGCGGAUUUCUGAGGUGUGUAUCAAGACUUAUGUGUCCAGCUGUCACCAGCGCAGCAUCAACACGGCGGUCCGAGCCACACUGAGCCAGAUCCUGGGAGACCUGACGCUGCAGCUGCGACACAGACAAGAGGUCGCACUCUCACAAAACACACAACAGAAGUUACACACAACAUAUAUUUAUCUCCAGGCUCUGUGUGAAGAUGUGGUGACAGUUCUGACAGUUUUCUGUGAAAAACUGGAGUCAGUGGACAGUGACAACCAGCUCCUGCAGCUCCUCUACCUGGAGUGCAUCCUCUCCAUGCUCAGCAGCUGUCCUCCCACAAUGCACCUGUCCAGAGGGUUCACUGACCUCGUAUGGAAGCAGCUGUGUCCGUCCCUUGUGGCGAUCAUGGGCAAUCCUGUCAACGACAAAACCAUCACUUCCCACCACGGCUACAUGGGGGCGCCAGACCGUCUGUCAGAUAGACUCAGUCUUGGAAUCAGCCACCAGGAGGCGGACUCCUUCGGUGGAGCGGUGUCCGAUCAAGGCAGAGGAUCCGGCUGUUCCUCCAGCGCCCCUGCCAGGAUUGCACCGGUGGUGCGGACUGUGUGUUACAUCGCCGCAGAGCUUGUGCGUCUGGUGAGCUGCGUGGAGUCCAUGAAGCCCGUGUUGCAGUCACUCUACCACAGAAUCCUGCUGUACCCACCUCCUCAGCACCGCACCGAGGCCAUCCGCAUCAUGAAGGAGAUUCUGGGGAGUCCCCAGCGGCUGUACGACCUGGCCGGUCCGUGCGUGGCUGAGCCUGAAACCAGGAAACGAUCCUUCUCAAAGAGGAAGUCCCACCUGGACCUGCUGAAACUAGUGAUGGACGGGAUGACGGAGGCCUGUAUGAAGGGAGGCAUUGAGGCGUGCUACUCUUCGGUCUCCUGUGCCUGCGCUCUGCUCGGGGCGCUGGAUGAACUGUCAAAGGGACACGGCAUCCAGUCUGAGCAGGCUCGGCUGCUCCUCAGACGACUUGACGAUCUGAAAGAAGGGACGGAGUCGACGCGUGAGUCCAUGGAGAUCAAUGAGGCGGACUUCAGGUGGCAGAGACACAUCCUGGCCUCUGAGCAGGCUCCUUGGGACCCCAACUCCUCUUCCUCCAACGUGGCCCCCACCGAGCGCAGCCCGGACAUUAGCAUCAGCAUCACCACUGAAACGGGACAAACCACCUUGGAUCUGGAGGUGGAGGAGCCCGGUGUGGGUCUGUGCCACACCACUCCUGAGGAGUGUGAGGAGGACGCACACCUGCCCUCGCCCUCGUCCUGUGGCAGCCAGGAUGGGAUCAAUCGUGAGCCGAGCCUCGGGGCGAACCAGGACUGCCAACGGGAGGAGGGAGGAGGUACAAGGGAGGUGGACGGAAGAGGAGAGAAGGAAAGAGCAGGAGGAGAGAGAGGAGCUGUGGUUCCUCCAGAUGUGGUGCAGCGGAGUCACGGCCUCGUCUACCCCGACAUCACCAACUUCCUGUCUGUGGAGUCCAGGAACAGGCCACACCACGGGACAGGCUCACGGUACAGCGAGAGCAACUUCAGUAUGGAGGAGCAGGACUUGUCGCGGACAGAGUUCGACUCGUGUGACCAGUACUCCAUGGCUGCGGAAAAAGACUCGGGCCGCUCCGACGUGUCUGACAUCGGCUCCGAUAACGUCUCGCUGGCGGACGAGGACCAGCAGACCCCCCGCGACUGCCCGGGCCACCGCUCCCUGCGCACGGCCGCCCUGUCCCUCAAACUGCUGCGCAACCAGGAGGCCGACCAGCAGAGCGCCCGGCUGUUCGUGCAGUCGCUGGCGGCGCUGCUGCCCCGGCUGCUGGGUUUGGCCACCGCCGCGGAAGUGGACACGUCUCUGCAGAACUUCUCCUCCACCUUCUGCUCCGGAUUGCAGGCUGGUGGGAUCUACUCUCCAGGUUUUGAGGCCGGGGACACUCUGAGCUGUCAGUCUCUGAUGAACGCAGACGGUCUCUACCUGGUGUCGUACUACGCCCUGCUGCUCAAUCUCAAACUCUGCUGCUGCGACUACUACAGGCGGCGAACACUCGCACCCAUCCUCAGCCUGAAGGAGUUUGUGCGUCUGAUCCAAAGCAGCGGCGUCCUCGUGGUUCUGUCUCAGUCCUGGAUCGACGAGCUCUACCACCAGGUGUUGGACCGCAACCUGCUGGGCGAGGCCGGGUACUGGGGCUCAUCAGAAGACCACGCGCUGCCUGUCAUCGUAAUGCUGACAGAUAUUGACGGUCUGGGCAGCAGUGCGAUUGGAGGUCAGCUGAUCAGGAGGGCGUCCAGCCAAUUCCCUCUGAGCUGUGACAAGGCGGGCAGCGACACAGUGAUGGCAGGAGCGGUGUUCUCCCGCUUCAUCCUCACCGGUGUGUGGAAGAACCUGAUCGAUGUGCUGUCCACGCCGCUGACGGGCCGCAUGGCAGGCAGCUCCAAGGGCCUCGCGUUCAUCCUGGGAGCCGAGGGAGUCAAAGAGCAGAGCCAGAGGGAGCGAGACACCAUCUGUCUGAGUUUAGACGGCCUACGCAAAGCUGCUGCGCUCAGCUGCGCCUUAGGUGUGGCUGCCAACUGUGCCUCAGCUUUAGCCCAGAUGGCUGCAGCCUCAUGUGUGCAGGAAGAGAAGGAGGAGAAGGAGGCGGGAGAGAUGGGAGACGCCAUCACACAAGUGAAGCAGCGUGUGGAGCAGCGUCUGGAGCAGAUGGGUCGUCCUCAGGGAGUUCUCCUCCACACGGCUCAUGUGUUGUGUAUGGACGCCAUCCUCAACGUAGGACUGGAGAUGGGCAGCCACAACCACGACUGCUGGCCUCAUGUCUUCAGAGUGACUGAAUACAUCAGUUCGUUGGAGCACACGCACUUCAGCGAUGGCUCCUCACAGCCCUCCUCUUUGACCACCAUCACCCAGCAGGCCGGCGGCGUAGACCUGGGGAUGGAGCUGAGCUGCGAGCCCAGCACCGAGGCCUCGGAGCUGGGCCUGAGCCAGCCAGUCAUCCAGCCGCUGUCCAUCCAGGAGCUGCUGAGGGAGCGGAGCAGAGGCCGAGGUCUGGACCUGAAGAGCGGGAGCCUGAUGACGGGGACCAGCGCCGCCAAGGCCGUGUGCACGCUGUCGACUCAGGCUGACCGGUUGUUUGAAGAAGCAGCUACCAAGCUGAACCUGGUCGGUCUGGUCGGAUUCUUGCAGCAACUCAGAAAAGCUUCUCAGUGUCAGCUGUUCGACUCUGUUACUGAGACUGGAGACUAUUCUCUAGCAAUGCCAGGAGAGGCCAAGUCGACGCUGGACAGACGCAGCGCUCUGCAUCUCUUCCGUCUGGGCGAGGGCAUGCUGAGGAUCGUGAGGAACAAGAACCGCCCCGUGCUGCACAUGAUGAGGGCCUGGAGCGUGGUGGCCCCGCAUCUGGUGGAGGCGGCCUGUCACAAAGAGCGCCACGUGUCCCAGAAGGCCGUUUCCUUCAUCCACGAUGUUCUGACGGAGGUGCUGACGAGCUGGGCGGAGCUUCCACUCUUCCACUUCAACGAGGCGCUGUUCAGGCCCUUCGAGCACAUCAUGCAGCUGGAGCUGUGUGACGAGGACGUACAGGACCAGGUGAUAACAUCAAUAGGCGAGCUGGUGGAGAUGUGUUCUCCUCAGAUCCUGUCUGGGUGGAGGCCUCUGUUCAGCGCUCUGAGGACCGUCCACAGCAGCAAGACCGACACCAAAGACUACCUGCUGGGAGAAUACUCCAUGGGGAAGUCCCAGGCUCCAGUGUUCGAUGUCUUUGAGGCUUUCAUCAACACUGACAACAUCCAAGUAUUUGCCAACGCUGCCACCGACUACAUCAUGUGUCUCAUGAAGUUCGUCAAAGGCUUAGGGGAGGUGGACUAUAAGGAGAUUGGAGACUGUGUCCACGUGUCGGGUUACAGCUCCACGGACCUCUGCCUGCCUGCGCUCGACUACCUCCGCAGAUGUUCGCAGCUCCUGGCAAAGAUCUACAAGAUGCAGUCCAAGCCGGUGUUCUUGGGGGCGCGGCUCGCCAGCCUGCCGAUGAGAUCACAGGAACGCUCGAUCAGCACCGAGGACGGGAUGGACUGUGUCCUGCAGGAGUUUGAUGAUGAGACAGGUCUGAUCCAGGUGUGGAUUCUGUUACUGGAGCAGCUCACAGCAGCCGUGUCCAACUGUCCUCGCCAACACCAGCCGCCAACCCUGGAGCUGCUCUUCAAUCUGCUCAGAGAGGUCUCCACUGUGCCAGGUCCGGGGUUCGCCAUCUUCUCCGUCAUCCAGUUACUGCUUCCUGUGAUGUCACUGUGGCUGCAGCGUAGCCAUGGCGACCACUCCUACUGGGAUGUGGCGGCUUCAAACUUCAAACACGCCAUCGGCCUGUGCUGCGAGCUGGUGGUGGAGCACGUCAACAGCUUCAUACACUCUGAUAUUGGUUACGAGUCUCUGAUCAACCUGAUGCUGAAGGAUCUGUUCAAGCUUCUGGUGGCUUGUGUGUCUGAGCCUGCAGAGACCAUCUCCAGAGUGGGCUGCUCCUGCAUCAGGUAUAUUCUGGUCACUGUGGGUCCAGUGUUCACAGAAGAGAUGUGGAGGUUGGCCUGCUGUGCUCUGCAGGACGCUUUCUCUGCUACGUUAGAGCCUGUGAAGAACCUUCUGGCCUGUUUUCAUAGCGGCUCAGACAGUUUCUCUGGAGACGCCUGCGAGGUGAAGGUGGCGGCGCCGUCCCACUCGCCUGCAGCUGAGGCGGAGUACUGGAGGAUCAGAGCGAUGGCUCAGCAGGUCUUUAUGUUGGACACCCAGUGCUCUCCGAAGACGCCCAACAACAAGGAGGGCUUUGAGCACGCUCAGUCCUGCGUCCUCAUCAUCGAGCUGCCGGCUGACCAGCAGUCCAACGGACACACCCAGAAGAGGAUCCCGUUCCGCACCAUCGUGGUGAGCCUGUUGUCCCACCAGGUUCUGCUCCAGAACCUCUCCGACAUCCUGCUGGAGGAGUUCGUCAAGCAGCCCGAAGCAGACGAAAAGGUCACGGCUGUGACCUCUGACACCAGCCGGGCCGCGGCCGGCUUCCUGCGCUACAUCUCCAUGACUAACUUAGCCAUUAUCCUGGAUCUGCUGCUGGACUCUUACAGGACAGCGCGGGACUUUGACACUCGGCCAGGUCUGAAAUACUUGCUGAUGAAGGUGUCGGGUGUCUGUGGAGCGGCUAAUCUUUACCGCCAGUCUGCCAUGAGCUUCAACCUGUACUUCCAGGCCCUGCUGUGCGCCACGCUGAGCCAAGCCGACAGCAUGACGGCCCAGCAGGUGAAGAGGAUGCUGUACGAGGAAGAGGAGGGGAGCUCUGACUCUUCUCACCCCGGCUCUGCCUCCUCAGAGGACGAAGACAUAUUUGAAGAAACGGCACAGGUCAGCCCCCCUCGCGGCCGGGAUAAACGGCAUCACUGGCGAGCCCCCAUCCCGUCUCUCAGCGUGCAGCCGCUGAGCAGCGCAGACUGGGCGUGGCUGGUCAAACGCCUCUCCAAACUGUGCAUGGACCUGUGCAACAGCUACAUCCAAAUGCACCGCGACCUGGAGAGCAUGCUGGAGGAGAUGGCGCUGCUGAGAGGAGGAGCAGGAGGAGGAGGAGAUCACGUCUUCUUCCUGCCUCUCUUCCAGUCGGAGACGUCCACCCCAACAUCGGCAGGCGGGCUGUCAGUGAGGGAGACGCCAUCAGAGGAAGGAGGCUCCAGAUGUCAGGCAGCGGACAGCGCAGCACCUCCAGGGGACACGCCCACACCCAGCCCAGGAUUGAGCUGCACAGGCAGUCUGCCCCUCAACUUCCCGACCGGAGGUGAGAGGAGGGACUCCGGCUUCACAGGAAGCUCUGUGGGAGGAGCUCCUGGCAGCGCUGGACUGGGAAGGAGAAAGGAAUGGUGGGAAACCGCCGGGAACAAACUGUACACCAUCGCCACGGACAAAACCAUCAGCAAGCUGAUGAUGGAGUACAAACGCAGGAAACAGCAGCAGCAGCCGCAGCAAACCAACGUCAACCUGUUCAUGAAGGAGCAGGGCCGGGCGGCGGGAGGAGGAGGAGGCGUAGGGGAGAGGAAGGGCCCUUUGGAGCCACAGAGGCCCCCACAGAGGCCCCAACAUCUGGUGGACCAGCAGGGCCCCCCCUUGAGGCACUCAGUCAGUGCAGGGCCUGAGGUUCUGAGGCAGGAGAAGAGACCACGAUCUGGAUCCACCAUCAGCUCCCACAGCAUCACCCUGAGGGACUCUGAGGCGCAGAUCCAGGCCUGGACCAACAUGGUGCUGACUCUCCUCAAUCAGGUCCUCCUCCUGUCAGACUCCUCGUUCCUGGCGCUCCAGCCGGUGCUCUACCCCUGCCUCAGCCAGCUUUCCUGUCACGUGACCGACGCCCGCGUCCGCCAGGCACUGCGCGAGUGGCUGAGCCGCGUCGGCAGACUCUACGACAUCUUCGUGUGACAUUGCAGCGAAGACGAGCAGAAGCACCGAGCGAAGAACGCAGUCUGUCGGUCAGUGAAGGACGGGAACAGAUGACUUUAUGUAAUGAUGUCACGACGUCACGAUGUGACAGAGAGUGAUAACUGGCGUGUAGUCUCUGAUGUCAUCGUAAUGGAUCUGCUGCAACUUUUGAAGAGCGUCGGCGAACAUCAUGUGACAUUAAGCUGGAGGAUUUGAUUGGCUGAUGAAGGAUGUGGCGUGUGAUUCUUUGUGUAUAAUGUGACGGUUCUGCCUCUUGUUUUUCUGCACACACACACACACACACACACACACACACACACACACACACACACACACUCAAAGCUUUUAAAUAUGAUUUUGAAACAGUGAUUUGCAGAACAUCUCAUCCUCUCAUGAGUCACGAUGAGCUUCCUCUCAGGUGAGGGCUUCACGUGCAUCGACUUAUCAUUUGAUGAUUUACUUUCAUACUUUUCCUUUGACUUCGUCGACACCCGUGGAGUUUAGCAACAGCCGUAUUUAUAUUAGCAUUGCUCAGCUUCUGAGGUCGAUAACAUGCAGUUUGAUUCUUCCAGCUGUUUAUUCUAAUGUUUCAACAUCUGCGUGUGUUGUGGCGUCCACACUCUGGAUAAGUGCUUACGUGCGAGUCCUCGUAGAGCAUGAAUUAAAUUAGGUCGCCGUGUUUAAGGUUGAAAAAGCAAAAAUACUGUUAUAUUUAUUUAUUUAUUUUAUUCAGUGAAUCCACUUUAUAUCCGGAGACGUGUUGUUCGUUUGAUCUGAUUGUAUUUGAAUGUUUGUCGCCGCCAUUUUCAAUAUCAGCUUUAAUCAGCAAACAGUCUGUGCAUUCUAACGGCGGUGAGAUAUAACAAGUUAUUUCUGCUGCUUCUGUGUGAACGUGUAUUUAUGGAAGUGCUUCAUUAUUUAACGGGUCAUUCAGCAUUUUCUAUUUACUUGUUUGUGUACGUGUUCCCUCUUGGUUAGUGCUCGCUGAUGAUCCAGAGGCUGCCGGUGCUUCAGUCUUUAUAUCAGCGCGUGGCGUUACAUCGGAUUCAACUUCAAGAAACGCAUCAUGUGCUCACAACAACGUCAUCCAUUGUCCAUCCUCACUCCCCAAGUACACACCUUCCUUUGUCAUCCGACACCAAAAUACAACUUCCACACAUUUAAAAUGUAAAAGCUCAACGUGUUCUGACAAACACAAAGAUAUUAUAUUUAUGAUUAACAACGUUGUGAGAUGGAGAAGCCAGAGAAGAUUUGAUACUUGUCACCUGCUGACACGUGAUGGAUAUAUUCUCAGAGGGUGACCUCCUGACCUUUAACUUUAACACCAUCAGACCAGAACGUGACCUUACUCAACGUGAUCUCGUGCUACCACUUUGUUAGCUUAUAUAUAUUUAAAGUAUUCUACACACACUAAUGUUUGGAUCAAAGAAAACAAAGUGCAUCAAACGCUGACUGUGUAACGACCCAGAGAUAACGUUACGUCCUGUGACCAGCAGCAUCUGUACGCACUGGUUCAUGCUACUGUGCUUUUGAGAAGUGAUUAUGACGACAUGAACGAAAGAAGAGUUGAACUCUAACUUCAGCAGCUCGGACCAUAACGAGGGAGGGAGGGAGGGGGGGUCAUCUGACGCUCCUAAGAAGAUUUACUCUUCUUUUUUUAACCCAGUUUGUCAACAUCUGAGGGUUUGUGCCUUUGGUUUGCACUCAUUGCUCUCCGGCUCCCUCACUUCCUCUGCACUGUCUCAUGUGUUCAUCUUUGCCAGCUGUCUCUCAGGAUAUAAAGUGAAAACAACAUGACUCUGCAGAAAUCUCCAGAGCGCUUGUGCCAUUUCACAGCAUUACACACUGAAGGAGAGAAGAGAUGUAGGUCAGAUGGAGCCAGAACGGCAACAAAGUGUGUCUGUGGCACAGAAUCAGUCUUUCAGUUCAGUCUUCAGCUUCGUUACGAGAGAUACAAAUCUGAAUCUGGGCAACGUGGGAAACCCCAUGACUGAACAAUCAAGCACAUGUUCCAGCUACACCUGUGUUCGAGACGCUGAUUCUUCUGAUUCUUCUUAAAAUAAAAGUUAUAAAUCGUAACCCCGGCUACUUCUGUUGAGCCCCUAGUGGCCAGCAGAGGAACAUCGUGUCACAUAUGGACGCCUGGCCAGGACGUCGUCACUAUGUUCUUUCCUUUCCCACCUGAACCUGCAGACUGGCUGCCACACAGAAGUAAUCCCAUAAUCUUUGCCCACUCGUUCCUACUUCUUCUCUAAAUGUAUUUUGCACAUGUGCUCCAAACAGCUUUAGUAUGUCUCGCCUCUGCCGUCUCUCAGCCCCUCCCAGUGUCCCUGACCCGUCCUCGUUUGUCCUUAUUGCUGUUUGAGUGAGCAGCGAGGGGACAGAUGUUGUGGGCCGGCAGUGUGAUCAGCAGCAGUGAAGAGGAGGAUUGAGUUGGUGUUAAGUCCGUGCCAGCGUUUCCCUCUAAAACAAAGCGACUAAUGUGUCUGUGUCCUGCAGCCGUCUGUGAUUCACUGAUGAUGAACCUGCUGCCACUCCCUCAGAUACACUUUGCGUGUCUUGUGUUGCACUUUGUGUUUCACUACGAAUGUGCAUUUGACAUGAAGCUCAGAGAUUAAGAUUGAAUCCUGAAUGUAGGAGUUGUGACCGAAGAUCUUCACAAACUUCAUCCGCACUCUAAACAGAUGUGAUGCACUGGGGUAUAGUUUAAUACCGACGAGCUCCAAAUCCUUUCAUUGUCAUGUGUUCCAUUAACAGAAAGUCUUUGCAGGAUGUUAAGCUCUCAUUGCUUUCUGAUUCGCCAAAGUAAAAGCUCAACUUCUGUCCUUGUGCUGGGAAAACUAAUCGCAUUUCUUCUAAUAAUUUACAGUAAAAUCAUCAACAGUUUAGUGUUUUAUUGUGCGGUCGAGGGAUUAUUGUGAACAGAUUGACGGCAGUGACGUGGUACACUUGCUGUGCU